UAAUUAUUCGAGCAUUCACGGUAUUACAAAUUAGGGUUCAGCAUUUACGGUCAGAUAGCUGUUUUCACGCGGACGGGGGUGCGGUGGUUUUUGCCAAGUGGACGGGGGUCAGUGGUUUUAACUCGGUGACGGGGACGGUGACGGUGGCUUUGUGGGAGAGUCUCCCACUGUCCCGGUGAACCACUGUCCCCGGCGACGGUGGUUGAACCCUAUUACAAACUUUCAGACUUAUUUGUAUUUUCUAAAAAUAAAAGUACAAUAGACUUGUAAACUUGAAAUUUUAAAAGCAUUAAUUUUAAAAUAAUCUUUAGAUGUUCACCAACCUUCUGAACAUUCCCCUUCUUCCAUUACAAUGAAUGGAACAAUAGAAAACGGACCUGCAACUAAAGUUUGCCUUCGCGACAAAAAACGACAACGCGAACAACGUUUAAAACUUGGUGCAAGUGUUGGGGCUGCUUUAGGAGGGGGAGGAGGAGGAAUUAGUAGAGAAUCGAGCAAAACAGAAAAGGACAGGUGGAGGUGUUCUUCUACUACACUUUUGGAUGAAGUUUAUAAAGACUUGUCCAAGUCUAUUCCAACUAUUGAUGAUCUUUCCGCCCUUCACUCCUCCAAACCUUCAAGUGUAUGUGGUGGCAGUCUUGGUCACUCAAAAAAUAAUUUUUGUGGUCCAAGUUCCUCCUCUUCCGUAUCUGAUGGCCAUGGGGCUCGCAGCGGAGCUAAAAGAAUUUUUUCUUUUGUCAAGAGAGGAGGGCACGAUAAAUCCUCUUUGGACAGACAAACAGCUUCGGAUUGGAGAAAGUCUGUCAGUUUGGCACAAAUCCCUUCAAGUAGAUCUAUGGAAAUUGAACAGAACAGCAAUUCGUUGAAGAGUUCGAAUAGAAAUAAAAGUCAAUAUCGUUUAGAGGUUGAGGAACCUGAAGAACCUGAUGAGUUUGAUGAAAAUGAGAGGGAAGAAGGACUUUGUAGAGGGGGGACAAGCAGUCCAAAAAGUCGUGAUCUUCAUUCCCCUACAUCUCAAACUACUUGCUCUUCCUAUACUAAAGAGAUAAGUGAAUUUCAAAGUGCACUUCAAACAGUAGAUGCUUUGCUUGAUAUGAUUGAAUGUUUACGUGUUUAUUUGGCUAAAUUGAGACCUUCAGAAUUCACUGAACUAGUCGCUUUUGAAGCAGCAAUGCUCAAUUGGGAAGCUUGCCUUAAAAUUAACCGUUCUGGAAUUUUAUGUCAACUAGACAGCUUUACAGGGAAAUCAGAAAAUAAUAAAAAACGUCAAAAUUCAAUUCAAUUAAAAAAACAAAAACAUCGCUUAGCUACUGGAAAUUUAAAUUUAAUUAAUAACCAUUCUUCGGCUACAACCCUUUUUUCAAAUGAAAAUAGGGGUAAUAAUAAUAGUCAACAACAACAACACAGCCCUUCUACAGCUUCUGACCAUACAGAAGAUAAUGAUGGUUGUGUUGCUGGUACUUCGACUAUUAAAUAUGAACAAAGACAUCAACAACAUGUCUUGGAUCAUAUUUCCGAAAAUGACAGUGGUAUCGACUCCCUUCGACACUAUCAAUCCCCCUAUAAUUCCUAUGCCAGCUCUGUCAGAAGAUUGGAACAAAAUAAUGAAGGAAAUUGUAUUGUAUCCUCUCAGUUAAAAGAGAGGAGAAAAUCGCUUGUAGGAAGCACAAUGUUGGAUAAUGAAAAUGGGGAGAAUUUAAAAAAUUCAAAAGAGAAGAGUGAAAGAAGGGUAAUGAUUACAGCUACAGGAAGUGCUCAAAUGGAUGCUUGUUUAGCUAUUCAUUUGGAUGGAGCUAGGCAACCUUUAGAGAUUAUAUGUCAAGUACAAGGAAGUCCGUUUGAAUAUACAAUGACUAAAAUGCUUUACAGAAUGGAGGGUGUUGAAACAAUUGCAUUAGAAUCAAUGUUAGGCCUUCUACAAGAUAUUUUAGCUCAAUGCCAACCAAAUCCACAGAAUGUUUUACUCCAAUUAGGCCUUCAAUUCCAAUUACAACAAUGCUGGCUCUCUGCCUGCAAGACUGAAAAUGAAUUUUUGCUUGCAUCAGCUUCUAUAUUGAGGGAUAAAUUGAGACCGAUAUGUGAACCUAUUGUUAGAAAUCAUUAUCCAAAAUUGAUCGAAAAAGUUUUGGAUUCUCUUUUUUCUCUACUUAUUGAUAAUCCAACUGGCAGGAAAAAACAAUCAAACAAUCAUCAAUUACCCGUUACAAUAUUUCAAUUUGUAUCACUUUUUAGAGGAAAACAAUUCUCUGCUUUUAUCGAAAAUCUUUCUCAUGAAGCCUGGAUUACUGCCAACCUCCAAUCAGGCUUACCCAGUGCUAUUAGAGAUGUAAUGGGACGUCUUAGGAAUGUUCCUGUUGUUCCCCCACUAGAAAGUUUAAGACAUAUUGGGCUUGUUUUGGCUGAGCAACAUCAAGAACUUUAUUCUCCUAUAGAAAAAUAUUUACGCAAAGCAUCGCCAGAAUUAGCUCUUGAUUUAUCUGCUUGUUUCAUGUGUUUAUUGGAACAUGAAAAUGAUGCGAGUAGGAGAGGGGCUUGCCGUGCUUUGGCUAUUCUUGGGGUAAUUUUUUUUUUAAUUUUAGAAAAAAUUUGGGGAUGUGGCUGCAUCACCGGCUUUGAAUCAGCAUUACACAGACCGAUAACUGAAUUGAUCUACUCCAUCCACCUCCACUGUGCGUAUUUUAAUGCCCCGCACACCUCCACAGCUAGGUGCACGUAUGUGUGUCAGCAAAGCCGACUUUUCCUCCUGGGCCGGCCCCCGCCUCGUGCACCUAUCCUAUAG